UUGGAGAUAUUAUGCAGCCUUAGCCCUGUAGACCUGUGAAGUAUGCUAUAAGCGGCCUGCCAGAUUUAGAUCGUAAAAUGCAAACAGGUGGUUACAUUUUCAUAAAUCAAGCAGGACAAUGAACAGUAGUAAUUAAUCCAAAGAAUUCACUAUAAGCAGAUGACAUGGAUAAGACAGGAGAGAGCUCAGAGACAGAUGAUUUGUGGGUUAGACAGACAAAUAUAAAUACAUACCCUCAUCACCAAAGUAAAGCUAUGGAAGAGGAGAACACAGCCACAAAAGACGAAGGCCCAUGGUACAGGCGGGCCAGUUUUGAGGAUUUAGAUCAGGCGGUAGAACCAGAAAGCACAAUAGAAGAGAGUGAUGUUAAUGAUGCAGCAACAGCAGUCGCAAAUGCUGGUUGUUGUCUAUCUUUUUAUGACUGGAUUCACAGUAAUGCAUUCCUUAUCUACUGCAGUCAAGCUUUAUCAUCCUGGGGAGAUCGAAUGUGGUCAUUCGGUGUGGCUCUUUACUUGGUAAGGUUUGAAGAUGGCUUGCUUCGACUUACCUCCAUUUUUGGAUUAGCCCGGACCAUUUCUGUUCUUUUGUUUGGUGCAAUUGUUGGUGAAUGGGUGGAUAGGACACCACGUCUAAGAGCUACUAGGAUUUCCCUUGUGAUCCAAAACUCAUCUGUCAUGGUGUGUGCCCUCUUUCUUCUCUUCUUCCUUCUGUGUGAAAGCUGGCUGAAGGAGCAGUUAGGGGGUGCUCUUGUUAUCUUGACCCUAGGCGUUAUAAUUGUGAUAGGCUGCAUAGCAGAUGUUGCCAGCGUAGCUUUGAAGAUAUGCAUACAGAAAGAUUGGGUUGUUGUAGUUGCCGGUGGAGAUGGAGUUAGACUUUCAGAAAUGAAUUCUGUGAUUCGCCGCAUUGAUCUCCUUACCAACAUCCUAGCACCGUUUUUAGUUGGUUUUAUUAUGACGUAUUUAUCGUUAGAAGUUGCAGCGAUUUUCCUUGCCAGUUGGAACUUAGCGUCAAUGUUUGUUGAGUAUUUCCAGCUUCACAGAGUUUACAAGGCUGUUCCAGAACUUGCAGUCAAAAAAUUUAAAACAAGUCAAGACGAAGACCCAACAAAUGAGGAAUACAGACCAAUUAAUGAUGAAGCUAAUGAAGAACAAGAGAAUGGUUUAAGACAAGACAGGUCUGAAGCGCAUGACACAAGAAGAAAGGGAAUAUUUGGGCGAAUUUUUAAGUGGUUUACAUCAACUUAUCAGGGAUUUAAAACAUACAAAUCUUAUCAAGUGUCUUGGGCGGGUAUUAGUCUUUCUUUACUUUACAUGACUGUUCUUGGUUUCGAUGCCGUUUCCAAUGGUUACGGUUACAGCCAAGGUGUCUCGGAAACUGUUCUAGGAAUAUUCCUGGCUUUGGGAUCACUGAUGGGAGUCUUGGGAACUAUAAUCUUCCCGAUGGUGCGGAAGCGUAUUGGAUUGGAACGCACAGGAAUAUAUGCAAAUUUUGAACAGAUUCUUUGUCUUUCAUUGUGCGUUGCAUCUGUGUAUGCACCAGGAUCAUCUUUUGAUAUUGGCUAUAAACGACGGACUCCUCCACCAACAGAAGAACCAAUGUACUACACUGAUACCUAUGGUAGCAAUGAGACUAGUAUAGCGCCUGAUGAUAUUGGCGAGCAUUCCUAUUGGUCAGUUGGUUUGCUAUUCGCAGGAAUGAUUUUGUCAAGAACAGGUCUGUGGAUGUUUGACUUGACCGUAACACAGCUUUUACAGGAAAAUAUUGCUGAGAAUGAGCGAGGGGUUGUUAACGGUAUUCAGAGCUCGCUUAACUGUUUCAUGGACAUGCUGCAUUUUGUGCUGGUAAUCAUCGCGCCUCAGCCGGAAACCUUUGGCAUCCUCAUAUUCAUUUCUGUCAUGUUUGUAGCUAUGGGAGGGAUGUUGUACUCUGCCUUUGUUUACAGAGUCAGGGGACAUUUGUUUCAUCCAGAGAAAAUUAUACCCUGUAAAAGUGAGGUGAAUAGGGGAAAAAAUGGAGAAGCAGUCUGAAUACUAACAGUAAAGUUAUUUUUAUUACCCAAGUGUUGCCAAGGGUGUGAAUAUUCUUCAAAAUAUGGUGGUCGGCUUUCAAUUAUUUUUUCUAAUAAAAUUAUGUCUGAAUGUAGUUAAAUUGUAUAAAUAUUUACAAUAUACUUAAAAAUUAGUAAUAAAGUGUGUGUUCUCUCUUAUCUCUUUAGUGGUAGUUAACAGUGAUGUGCUUAGUUUGGUAAAUUAAGAAAGGCUGAACUUAAAAAAGAAAAAAAAACAUAACAGAAAUUCAAGCAGUGGUGCUUGAGUUUUUUACUAUAGCAGUAUUACAGAAUACACUUUGUGCUAUAACUAGAUGGUCUGUAAAUUGUGUAAAUAAAGAGACGUGUUUCACUUUGCAAUCUCGUAACUAGUCAUCUGAGUAUAAACUCAGUGCUAUACAGUAGUAUUAAUGGUCUGAAAUGAAUCAAAGCUCAACUGAUGAAACCAAAACUAUCUGACACCAAACAAUGCUCUAUAAUCAUACUUAUAUCACAGAAGAACUCUGUUUACUGAUUAUUGCUUGUACAUUAACUUUAUAUUUUAAUAACAAUUUGAUAUCUUUUAUAAUUCAGGUAGCAUUUUCUACUGUCAUCAGUACUAACUGCACCACAUUCUGGUGGUAUUCACACUCCAUCCAGACUACUAAGCAUUUUUUAUUCAUAAAGAUGAUACUACUUAAUGUCCUAAUUAUACUAAUUUGUUUUAAUGUAAAAGUACGUACUGUAUGUAUAGUGGGUUAUGUAAACAAUUAUUACCUUUACUAUUGUAUUGAGUAGAAUAAUAAAUGUAUAAAUAUAAAAAUAAA